GAGUACACAAAUUCAAAACAAUUCCCGUGAAAAGCCUAACACACUGACAACUCUCUAUUUUCUCCUCUUUCUUUGUGUAGUCUGUUUUUUCUUCCUUUAAAUUACCUCAAAAAGCUUACAUUAUUUGUUACUCUCUUUAAUCCCUUUGCUUUCCUCCACUUUGAAUUUAGCACCAGUUUUCAGUAUGAGAAAUGUCUCUAUGUUUUUCUUCAUUCUUGGAAGUGUAAUCUUUCAGCUUUCUCAAAGUGCAACGUCUGUAAUAGUUGAUGGAGUUUCACUAUGGAAAAAUCCAAUUGUCCACAUUGGUGAUUCCAUUAUUUUUCAGCAUAAGUAUGAGUAUAAUGUGUACAUUUUCAAGAAUCAGAAUGCCUUCAAUGUCUGCAAUUUCACUCAAGCUACACUUCUUACUAAAUCUGAUUCCAAGUCUUAUACUUGGCACCCAUCAAGGCAGGGUGUUUUUUACUUCUCAUUCAACAAUGGGUCAAAUGCAGCAUGUUUACAAGGCCAAAAGCUAGCAAUUAAGGUAUCUCUUUCGACUCCGGCGGCAAGUCCUAACUCCUCGCCGGCAAAUCCACCGGCGAUAUCUGGCGGCGUUGUGUCAUCUUCUCCGGCAUAUCCAUGGCCGUUUCAGCCGCGAGAAGCCACUCCCCCUAGCCCUUCACCGAGUGCUCUGUUCCCGGCAAAUGGGCCAAUGGUACCGGAAAAAGGAGGUGAAAUUCCGUUUAUUAACAGUAAUCCGGCGGUUCCAUUGCCAACCGGUGAAGUAGAUUCUGCCACUAUCCGGCCUUUGCCAACUUCCGGUUCUAAUCACCAGGUGGUGGGGUUUUCAGCAAUUCAAAGAAGUGUGUGCUUUGCAAUUUUCUUAAUGAUGCUUUAGACAAUGCAAAAAGGAGAGAGAGAGAAAGAGAAAAGUUUGAAAUGUAAAAAGAGAGAUUCCACUCUUGGGAUGUAGUUUUGAAUCUAAAGUAGCUUUAAAAGGGGGUGAUUAUCAUCAUGAUUACUACUAAUAUCAUCUGUAAUAUUGCUAUCCUUUGAUCCUACUUUGGUCUUAGUUUAGUCUUGGCACCUUAUCAUUUUA